AAUAAAUAAACAAAACACAAGAACUAAAAUUGAAAAUAACAAAACAUAAAAAAAUUAAAACAAAAACACAUGGAGGCGAAGAUUGAAAUAUUUAAGUUUAUUGAAAUUACAGUUUCUUAAUUAUAAAAAAAAACAAUAAAAGAUAAUUUAAAACACAAGCUAUACUGUGCGUUUCUCUUUCGUGGUGGUAAAGGCGUAAAUAUUAUAUAAAUUAAUGGUAAAUAUUAGCAUUUUAUAAUUUUCUUCAAAAGUUCCUCAUUAACAACGAGCAUCAUAUCAAAAACAAAUUGUGAGUUACAGGUUAAAUGCAGCAUUGAGGCCACGUUUAGAUAUUUUAGUUCCACCAUACACUAGUAACAUAAUUGGCAAGUAGACCAAAGGAAUAUUUCGAAAUAUGUUUUUUUCUUUCAAACACGUACGACCGCCGCGGUGUAGUGCUUAGGGGUAUUUACAUUACCCAGUUUUGAUUGUUUAAUAGUUGGCGCCAACGGUAGGUAAUGCUAACCUUUUAGUGCAUUUCUGUUAAGAAAAGGAUUCGCAUAAAAAAUAUUAGUCGUUCUGAGCCGGUUUGAAACUUAUAAGAUCCACCUUGCAUCUAAUAACAUUCAGGCAUAGUUGCAUAUUUACUAGCGGAGCUAUACAUGUUUUUAUCAAAAUAUUUCACUUACAUACUGAUUUCCCAUUUAAAGAUAAAGUGUUAUAUAUGUACGAUAAAAUCACAAAAGAAAUGCAUAUCAGAUGGAGGCAAGUUGCACGGAAGUUGUUAUGAAAACGCUUUACAAUUCGAAGAUGACACCCAUACCAUAGUUGUUAGUUUUUAACCUACUAAUCUAUUAUGAUUACGCGUGCCACACUUGCUGUUACUUAUAUGUCAUUACAUUUUUAAUAAAUUUGCAAACGCCAUAUGCUAUAAUGGGUCUCGUUACCGUAAAGGCUGUUACAUACUGAUCUAUUACGUUAAAAAAAAAAAUUGAAAAUAGUAGCAAAUUUAGUAAGCAUUUACAUGCAUAUAUCCUUCCGUCAUUCCAGCGGCUUGUUUUUAGAAGAGUAGGCAAAACCCGGCAUAUGGCUUACUAAAUGUUCUAACUAACAAAAAAGUAUUUUAUCUGCUAUAUAAGCUAUUUAUAAGUAAUUUUUCAUUCUGCCACGAUACAAUUGUUACAAAACUAUUAUAAUAUAUGUACAACAAAAGAAUUCGCAAAAACAAACAAAGCGAAUUCAGAGCGCUUACUAUGUCAAAUUAGAAAUUGUUUACAAGGCGAAUUCAAUCUGUUUACUUUUCAAAGUUUUCAGUGCCGGUUGUUGUGCAUAUUGAGUGAAUUUCGUCAAAUAGUUGUGACUUUAUAAUUAAUAAUUAUAAGCUAGUUAACAAGAAUGGCGCAGUGCUGAACUAAUUUAAAAAAAGAGGAGUCCGUAAGAGGCCACCUUUGCAGAAUUAAAAAUAAUGAGAGGCGGAAGGUAUUGUGCAUCUAUGGCUACUUCAAUUCUCGCGCCGCUUGCAAGCCGUUAAAGUGGAUAUAAUGGAUUUAGGCUAUGCGCACACGAGUUGUUUACCCUAUUUGUUGUGUUUACGCUAAACGCAAUUGUCAACUAUGCAGCGCUCCAAUCGAUAAAGGUCACCUUGAAACGUCAAAUUGUGUCACCUUGGUUGCUGCUGAGCGGGCAUACAAAACGAGAAUUUACCCUUUUCUUCGCUAAAUUUCGCAAAUUUUGGAUAACUUUUCGUAAUUGUUGUAUCGAGUGACUCAAAGCGAAGCAGUUCCAGUGAGUGCUAAAAGGCAUAAGCCAACGUACGUGCCUCCAAAUCUCAAUACUUCGGUGUGUGCUAAACGGUUAUAAGCGGCGAAUGCAAUCUGUGUACCAGAGAGUAAUAAAGAGUUGAUGAGCAGUCUUAAAUCUGGACUCUUUCGCUAUACUCCAGUGUAAUAAAUAGACCGUUGAAAUUGAAAUAUAGUUUAAAAUACUCAUAGUAUAUAACGCGCUUUACAAUAUAACUGAAAUUCGUGUACGAAUUCAGAGCAUAAAUUAUUUAAUAUUGUUUAUUCAAUUUAAUUGAAAGCAAAGGAGUAAGCGAAAAAAUGCCAAACGAACGUUUCAUUGAGCGUGGCUCACAUAAGGGCAAGGGACUUGCCGUUUUUACCAGUGGUGGCGACUCACAAGGCAUGAAUGCCGCUGUGCGUGCGUGUGUGCGCAUGGCAAUCUACUUGGGAUGCAAGGCCUACUUCAUUCGAGAAGGCUACCAGGGCAUGGUUGAUGGUGGGGACAAUAUUGUCGAAGCUAACUGGUCAUCUGUGUCUUCGAUUAUUCAUCGUGGUGGUACCGUUAUUGGUUCAGCACGUUGCGCUGAAUUCCGCGAACGUGCCGGUCGUCUAAAGGCCGCAUUUAAUUUGAUUCAAAAAGGAAUCUCCAACUUGGUUGUCAUUGGGGGCGAUGGUUCUCUUACUGGUGCUAAUUGCUUCCGUAACGAGUGGUCCGGUUUGUUGGAUGAGCUGCUCGAGUCCAAAAAAAUUACACCCGAGCAACGCAAAAAGUUCGACGUGUUACAUAUUGUCGGCAUGGUCGGUUCCAUUGAUAAUGACUUUUGCGGCACCGAUAUGACUAUUGGGACCGAUUCGGCUCUACAUCGCAUCAUUGAGGCUAUCGACGCCAUUGUGAGCACCGCCUACUCACAUCAACGUACAUUCAUUAUGGAAGUCAUGGGCCGUCAUUGUGGUUAUUUAGCCAUAUCGGCGGCUUUAGCUAGCGAGGCUGAUUUCAUAUUUAUACCCGAGGAGCCGGUCCCUGUUAACUGGCCCGAUAAAUUGUGCAAAAAAAUACUGCAGGAGCGUAAUGCUGGUCAACGCUUGAACAUCAUUAUCGUUGCCGAGGGUGCUAUCGAUCGUGAAGGCAAUCCCAUCACAGCAGAGGAUGUGAAAAAAGUGGUUGUUGACAAGCUGCAGCAAGAUACGCGCAUCACUGUGCUCGGUCACGUGCAACGCGGUGGCAAUCCCAGCGCUUUUGAUCGUGUGUUGGGUUGCCGUAUGGGCGCCGAAGCUACGCUGGCACUUAUGGAGGCCACUUCCGACUCGGUGCCAUGUGUUGUCUCGUUGGAUGGCAAUCAGGCGGUACGCGUGCCGCUGAUGGAGUGCGUGGAACGCACAAAGGAAGUUGCACAAGCAAUGGCGGAGAAGAACUGGGAGUUGGCAGUGAAAUUGCGCGGACGCUCGUUCGAACGCAAUUUGGAGACCUACAAGAUGUUGACGCGCUUGAAGCCACCAAAAGAGUUGGGCGAAGGCGGGCGGGGUUACCGUUUGGCGGUUAUGCACAUUGGCGCACCCGCCUGCGGCAUGAAUGCUGCUGUACGCAGUUUUGUGCGUAACUGCAUUUAUCGCGGCGACACCGUUUUCGGGGUACAUGACGGCAUUGAGGGUCUCAUUGCUGGCAAUAUCAAGGAAAUGGGCUGGUCUGAUGUAACCGGUUGGGUGGGUCAAGGUGGUGCUUUCCUCGGUACUAAGCGCACGCUGCCCGAAGGCAAGUUCAAGGAGAUUGCUGCACGUCUUAAGGAGUUCAAAAUCCAAGGUUUACUGGUGAUUGGCGGUUUUGAGGCCUACCAUGCUUGCGGUCAGAUUUCCGAUCAACGACCCAACUAUCCCGAAUUCUGUAUCCCACUGGUUGUUGUGCCAUCGACUAUUUCGAAUAAUGUUCCUGGCACCGAAUUCUCGCUCGGCUGCGACACGGGUCUUAAUGAGAUCACUGAAAUCUGCGAUCGCAUACGUCAGUCGGCGCAGGGCACAAAACGUCGUGUUUUCGUCAUUGAGACAAUGGGCGGCUAUUGCGGUUAUCUCGCCACUUUGGCGGGUUUAGCUGGCGGCGCUGAUGCAGCCUACAUUUAUGAGGAGAAAUUCUCCAUUAAAGAUCUGCAACAGGACGUCUAUCACAUGGCAUCCAAAAUGGCUGAGGGUGUGCAGCGUGGUUUGAUUUUGCGCAAUGAAAAGGCAUCUGAAAACUAUAACACCGAUUUCAUACAUCGUCUUUACUCGGAGGAAGGAAAAGGGCUGUUCUCAUGCCGCAUGAAUAUUUUAGGUCACAUGCAACAGGGUGGUUCACCAACACCAUUCGAUCGUAAUAUGGGCACCAAAAUGGCGGCCAAAUGCGUCGAAUGGUUGAAUGAUCAAAUCAAGCAAAAUACUAAACCAGAUGGCACUGUACGUUGUGAGAGCACCGAUUCAGCCUGUUUGCUUGGCAUUGUACGUCGCCAGUACCGUUUCACACCGUUGGCCGAUUUAAUUGCCGAAACCAACUUCGAACAACGCAUCCCGAAGACACAGUGGUGGCUGAAAUUGCGUCCACUCUUGAGAAUUCUAGCUAAACAUGACUCUGCCUACGAAGAAGAGGGUAUGUACAUAACUGUCGAAGAGGAGUGUGCUACCGAUGCCGUUGCUUAAGUAUUGGCUACAGUACAAAAUAGUCGUGUAGCAAGUGACCAACACACACAUACUAAAGUAUAUGUUACUCGUAUUAAAACAUCGCCAGUUGCAAUAAAGUAUAAGCUACCGAAUACGUCAAAGUUUGAAAGAAAAAAGCAAAACCAAACAUAAUCAUGAACAAAUAAAUACAAAAGUAAAUAGUAAACAUACAUACAUAUAAAUAUAUUUAUCUCAUCACAUGGUGCUUUGUUAGUUUAGCAAAGUUCGUCAUUAUUUUAUUUAAAUAACUAUUAUGUUAAAUACAUUUAAAAACUAUAUACAUACACACACACAAAUACACUCAAAUAUGUCUCAUAAUAUGAAGAAAAAAAUUACACUUGAAAGUUGUUAACAAAAACUCAGGUUCUAGCACAAUUCUACACAAACUUUGUUUAAUGUUGAGUAACAGUAGGAGCAACCGAAAUUGUAUAUUUUAUGUUCAUCAAAAAAAUAUCGCUUUUUGGCAUUAAUAUUCCCAUGA